CGGUUUGAAAAGAGCAGACAAAGGCUUAGAGUGCAGGACGCCCCUCGCCUCUCUCGCUCAAUCAUCCUCCGGAGUCUUUCUUCCUCGCUCCGCCCGCCAUGGAACAAGUACUCGGAGUCGUUGGGGUCGCUCUUACUUUCCGCCUCUGAAAUGCACGACCGUCUGGAUCCGCGCUGGGCUGAGAGUGGACGCCUUUUUGCGGCGAGAAUCCAAGAAGGAAGCUUCGUGUGAGGGAGGGAAGGAGAGAGGAGAGAGAGCGCGCGAGAGAGAGCGAGAGAGGAGGGGGAAGGUUUGACGCUGUUUCCUCCUUUCCUCCGCCUCCUUCUCCUUCCUUUCGCCCCCUCUCCUCUUUUUUUGGCGGAGGCAGGAAUAUACGCUUUUUGGGCUGUUUUGUCUCGCUUCUUUUCGAUGUGACUGCGCUAGCACAACCGGCUCACGUUGCGCUCAAGAGUUGGCUCGAUUGCGCACACUUUGGAAGAGCAGAAAAGAAAAGUCAGGUUUUUGUGAGAGGGAGGGGGGGGGGGGACUGUUGCUACUUUUUGUAACUGAAAGAGGGUUUUUUCCUUUUCUCAGCCGUGGCGGUGUGGAGUAUUAAUUCUUAUAUGCCUGGGUUUUGAAAAACAAUGGAGACGCACAUUUCGUGCCUCUUCCCGGAAAUUUUGGCCAUGAUUUUCAGCUAUCUGGACGUGAGGGACAAAGGCAGGGUGGCCCAAGUGUGCCUGGCUUGGAGGGACGCGUCGUACCACAAGUCGGUGUGGCGGGGGGUGGAGGCCAAGCUGCACCUCCGGCGGGCCAACCCCUCGCUGUUCCCCAGCCUCCAGGCCAGGGGCAUCCGGAGGGUCCAGAUCCUGUCGCUGCGCCGCAGCCUGAGCUACGUGAUCCAGGGGAUGCCCAACAUUGAGUCGCUCAACCUCUCGGGCUGCUACAACCUCACAGACAACGGGCUGGGCCACGCGUUUGUGCAGGAAAUCCCCUCGCUGAGGGUGUUGAACCUGAGCCUCUGCAAGCAGAUCACCGACUCCAGUUUGGGUCGCAUCGCCCAGUUCCUGAAGAACCUGGAGGUCCUGGAGCUGGGCGGUUGCAGCAACAUCACCAACACAGGGCUGCUGCUCAUCGCUUGGGGCCUCAAGCACCUCAAGAGCCUCAACCUGAGGUCCUGCCGCCACGUCUCGGACGUGGGCAUCGGCCACCUGGCCGGCAUGACCCGCAGCGCCGCCGAGGGCUGCCUGAGCCUGGAGUACCUGACUCUGCAGGACUGCCAGAAACUGACUGACCUGUCCCUCAAGCACAUCUCCAAGGGGCUGGCCAAGCUGCGGGUGCUCAACCUGAGCUUCUGCGGCGGCAUCUCGGACGCCGGCAUGAUCCACCUCUCGCACAUGAGCUCCCUGUGGAGCCUCAAUCUGCGCUCGUGCGACAACAUCAGCGACACGGGCGCCAUGCACCUGGCCAUGGGCACGCUGCGCCUCUCGGGCUUGGACGUCUCCUUCUGCGACAAGAUCGGCGACCAGACGCUGGCCUACAUCGCCCAGGGGCUGUACCAGCUCAAGUCGCUAUCGCUGUGCUCGUGCCACAUCUCCGACGACGGCAUCAACCGCAUGGUGCGGCAGAUGCACGAACUGCGGACGCUCAACAUCGGCCAAUGCGUGCGCAUCACCGACAAAGGGCUGGAGCUCAUCGCCGACCACCUGACCCAGCUGGCGGGCAUCGACCUGUAUGGAUGUACCAAGAUCACCAAGAGGGGGCUGGAGCGGAUCACGCAGCUGCCCUGCCUUAAAGUGCUCAACUUGGGACUCUGGCAGAUGACGGAAAGCGAGAAAGUCAGGUGAUGGCCAGGAUCACGCGCUGGUCGGGAAGUGUUAACGAAUCUCAUAUUGAGUUUGAUGCAAUUAUGACGAUGCAUUGCCCCCCCACCACCCCCCACCCCCAAAAGCCAUUUGGAGCACGGCGUCAACUUUUUUUUAUUUUGCGAUCCCGCCACAGAAAAAACAUUCGGCUACCUCGUAAGAGCUUGUUUUUCCACAAGAAGGAAGGAAAACCAGAAAAUAGGAGAAAAUGUGCCUAGAGGGACUGUCUGUGUCUCCCCCCCUUCCUCCCUCCCUCCCUCCCUCACUAUUUCAAGAGACAAUUCGCAAUCAUCUGACCGUUAUGCAAACCCGUUUCAUGUAUGCGAUUCUGUUCUAUUCGAAUCAAAAGCGCGUCCCGAUCAUGUUCGUUCAUACACACAAAAAAAGUUGACACGCGUGAAGUUCAGGUAGUUCAGUGGAAGGGGGAGGGGGGGGCGGUUAAAGCUGCUGGGGACAAAUGUUGCUUCAAAUUGAAGUGAUUUAGAUUAUCUCUUUACCCUUUUAUCGAUUGAAAUGAAUCAGGGUUCCAUUUUUUUUGUUAAAGGAGAAUGUUUUUUUCUCUCUUUUUUCUUUUUUUCCUCGCUCUCUCCAUCCCUCCCCUUGGAUAAAAAUACCCCGAGCCCAUUCAGAGUCAUGCUUGGAAUAAGAAGCAAUCGAUUUAUUUUUCUUGCGUCCUUGGCUUCUCGGGUUACAAGCUCGGACCACAUCUUUCUUUCUGUUGUUGUUGUUUUUUUGUUUGUUUUUUUAUUUCCCCCACACACGCACUGGCAACGUGUGCGCGCGUUUAUUUUGAUGUAACGCAAACGACCUGCUUGAUAAAUACGGAUGUGCGUCCUGCUGAAACAGCUGAAGAUUAAAAAAAAAGAUGUUCUGUAUAUUAUGUUUGUAAAAAUGUUCAAAAGAUAAAAAAAAAAAAA